GCAGGUUUCAGAAGAUUCUCAGACAAGCCCAUAACCCACAAAAGGUGUGCGGACAUUCUAAUCAGUAGCACAUGAUGGUGUUCAUCUCAUCAUACUCUCACCCAGUUUCAGGAUCUAAGAUAUUCACUAUUAACUGUCCAGGAAGGAUUGUUCAAAGAUACUUCCUAGAGUUUCCAGAGUAACAAUGGAGGAGGAAGCUGGGGAGGAACCUGGGCUGGACAGGUCUACUGCCCCUAAGGACUUCCACUUUUAUAACAUGGAUCUGUAUGACUCUGAAGACAGAAUGCAGAUCAUUCCACAAGAAAACACUAGAAUGAGAAGAGAAGUAGUCCAAGCUGAAAUGACCAAGGACCCAAGAGGGGCAGGGGAAAGGAAGAUUCAAAGAGACCUUCAAGAGGAAGUGGAUGAUCUUGUCCAUUUAUAUGGACUUGAAGAUGAACAGGAGUUAGGGGAUGAGUUUGUUGAGGAAAGCAGAAUGGGAGUUUCCGGAUAUCUUCCUUAUGGUAUGAAGAGGAGAGACCCAACUAGGGAGCAGAGAGACUGGAGACUUGGAGGAGAGGCAGCUGAGGCUGAGGACCUGGGUUAUGGAGGGUGGGGCUUGGCUGGCCAGUGCCAGGACUUGCGGGAAGCCUACAGGUAUACCCAUGGCCGUGCCAGUGAAGAGUACGAAUGCUAUGUUAUCCCAGAGGAGGAAGACGAGGAAGAAGCUGAGGAUGUUUUUUGUGUCACUUGCAAAACUCCAAUCAGAGCUGUUGAGAGGGCUUUUGAUGAACACAAGGAGCAUGAAGUGACCCCUCUCAAUAAAGCACUGGAAAGUGCCAAGGAUGAAAUUCACAAAAACAUGUACAAAUUGGAAAAGCAGAUUAUUGAGAUGGAAAAUUUUGCAAGUCACUUGGAAGAGGUUUUCAUCACCGUGGAGGAGAAUUUUGGAAGACAAGAACAAAACUUUGAGUUACAUUACAAUGAGAUCUUGGAAACGCUGGCUCAAAAAUAUGAAGAAAAAAUACAAACUCUAGGGCAGAAAAAGAAAGAGAAGCUGGAAGCCUUGUAUGGACAACUGGUCAGCUGUGGAGAGAACCUUGACACCUGUAAAGAACUGAUGGAAACAAUAGAGGAGAUGUGUCAUGAGGAGAAGGUUGAUUUCUUAAAGGAUGCAGUGGCUAUGGCUGACAGACUUGGGAAAUUCCUAAAAACCAAAACAGAUGUGGAAAUCUCUGCACAGCCUGAUUUUGAAGACCAGACUUUGGACUUUUCUGAUGUGGAGCAGCUGAUGGGAUCCAUUAACACCAUUCCAGCUCCUUCUGCUCCAGUGAUAAAUCCACAGGCCCCCAACUCAGCUACAGGUUCCUCGGUCCGGGUGUGCUGGAGCUUAUACUCUGAUGACACUGUGGAGAGCUAUCAGCUAUCCUACCGGCCAGUGCAAGACAGCUCACUUGGAAAGGACCAAGCAGAGUUUACAGUGACCGUCAAAGAAACAUAUUGCUCAGUGGCAAACCUUGAACCAAAUACCCAGUAUGAAUUUUGGGUCAUUGCUCAGAACAGAGCUGGCCCCAGUCCUUCCAGCGAGCGUGCAGUAUACAUGACAGCCCCAUCUCCUCCCAUUAUAAAAAGCAAAGAGAUAAGGAGCUGUGAAGAGGCUGCAUUCAUUUGCUGGGAGUCUGGGAAUCUGAAUCCUGUGGACUCAUACACAGUGGAGCUGACCCAAGCAGAAACACCAGAAGCCUUGGGAGUAACUGAGUCUGUUGUGGGCAUCCCAACCUGUGAGUCCCUGAUACAGCUACAGCCCAGGCAGUGCUAUACCAUCUACGUGAGAGCCCUCAAUGUUGGGGGUCCCAGCGCCAGGAGUGAUCCUGCUACAGUCCACACCACAGGAAGCUACUUUCACCUGAACAAGAACACCUGUCAUCCCUGGUUGACCAUUUCUAAAGACGGGUUUACAGUGGUGCGAAGUGAAAGGAAAAUUCAUACAAGAGAACCGCUACCCAGCAAGACUCAGUUUACCAGGUGUGUUGCUGUCAUGGGAAAUCUAAUUCCAGUCCGAGGGCGCCACUACUGGGAGGUGGAGGUGGAUGAGUGUUUGGACUACACAGUGGGUGUGGCCUUUGAAGAUGUCCCUAAGCAGGAAGACCUGGGAGCAAACUGCUACUCCUGGUGCAUGAGGCACACAUUUGCAUCAUCAAGGCAUAAGUAUGAAUUUCUGCACAACAGGACAACUCCAGAUAUACGAAUAACAGUUUCCCCGAAGAAGAUUGGUAUUCUAUUAGACUAUGAAAAUUCAAAAUUGUCAUUUUUCAACGUAGACAUUUCUCAACAUCUAUACACAUUCAAUUGUCAGCUUCACCAAUUUGUACAUCCCUGUUUUUCUUUGGAAAAGCCAGGGUGUCUAAAGAUACAUAAUGGCAUUUUAAUGCCAAUGCACGUCACUUUUUAUUAGACCCUCUGAUGUCAUUUCUUGUCUCUCUUCUGUAUUUAACCCUGUCAGUCACUCAUCCUCCACUGGCCAAAGUUGGCAUCCAAGCACCACGCGCUGAGCAUAAUUUGGCUCAUGUUAUUAUAUGGCAGAGUGGUGUGCUGCCACUCUUCUCACCUGACCUGGAUUCUAGUCCUGAGCAGAGUUAUUUGCAAGAUGCUAGGGUAGUCACUGUCAGGCCCAGCUGUGAAAUGAUGGAUUGCACUAAAUGAACUCAUAAGACUUUCAAGUAGUCAAACUACCAUUUGUCAAUCUGUAUAUGUGCAAACUGUAAUGAAUCUCUAAGUCCUAUGGAGCUUGGCAGAGGAUAAGGAAAGUCCAUGGCUUCAGCAGCCUCUCCAUACUCAUCACAUUUCAUUAGUAUAAAGAACAGAUUUGAGAGGACAAGAAGCUGGCCAAAGAGAGCAAGGGAAGAUUUGUGCCUUUCUGGAAGUAGAAUCUCCCUGUUUCCCAACAGCAGCACUGUGGUGAGAUUCCAACCACUGUAUGCUUUAAUACCUUGCACUCUCCUUCGUGGUGCUCACAUUACUAACUUUGAAAUUACCCCUAUAAUGAGUAAUUCCAUGAAGGUAGGCAUGCAAAAGGAUCUGUCAUUUGAUCCCCAAAUGCUAACAUGUAACAGGUGCACACCAAAUACUUGUUGAGUAAAUGAAUAUCUUCUUCAUCUAACCACUGCUCUUUGGCUGCUCACUGCUCUCCACAUGAGGGCUGGCAGGGCUCUUUCAAAACUAUAGCAAAGGACCUACAUAUAGCCAGGAGAUGAGCAAAAUCUGAAGGGAAAUAUUAAGAAGAAACAGAAGGGUAUGUAUGUCUUGGUGGCAAGACAGGGAAAACCAGGGCACUACUUACUAUUAAACACUAACCACAAAUGUGGUGUUUUCAUUGUGUGCAUGUGCCUAAGUGGAGAACUGAGGGGAUAGAUGGGAAAAAAAUUAGAAAACAUUAGUUGCAACUGAUUCUAGGAAUUGUCUUGUAAUAUAAAGAGCCAGAUUUGAAAACAGGAACCUGGGUUUGAUUGCUACUUUGUUGCUACUUCGCCUUAU